GCUUCUCUUGUUGUAUGGUAUAGUUGUUGGGACAGGAAUUUGUUCUCCUGCAGGUGGCUCCAAGAUGAUUAAGUUUCAAGGUAUACAAACUGAAGGACAUUAAAAACAAAUUGUUCAAUUCCUCAUUUAUUGUCUCCAACAGUCCAAAGAUAUUUUUAUCUGAAUACUGGGGGUUUUGGGGUUGAAUUGAAACCUCCCUUUGAUUAUAUAUCAUGCUGUGUGAGGAAUGACAUAAACCAGGUAUGAACAAACAAACAGAAACAGGAAUGCCACCGUGGUGGUAGCCCAAUGGUUUGAGAGUUUUCCUGUCUCUUGGGUUUGGGGUUCGAACCUUAAACCCAUUUUGCUUUUGGGAUGACCCAAACCCAUGAUGCUAAAAUGAGCAGUGGAUGUGCGGCAUGACCCUGUGCAUUGUGGUGGGGCUUGGGUGACGGUGUCAUCUUCUUGACAGUAGCUAUUGAUUAAAAUUGAGCAUUCACUAACGAGCAAGGGCCUUCAUGGUCACACCCAGGGGGUGCUACACCUAUUGCCCCACCUUCCUCUAUUACUUAGCAAAUAAAAAUAAAAAACUAAAAAGAACAGAAAAAGUCACACAAAUACACAUAUGUUUUAUUGUGGUUUGGCGCCCCCCAUUCCUGUGUCCACUCUACAAGGUCCAACUUGACCUUGUGUUCCACUAAUCACCUCCCUGAGGUUUUUCUCACCAACUUCACAUCAUGAACUUGGGCAAAUAAUCCCCUCAUUUUCAGGUUCUAAGUAGCCACUACACAACUUUAGCGAGCCUUUGCCUACCUAAACAUUACAACAAAAAUAGCGUUUAAAGAGUUGUGCCCAACACCCAUAGGUUGGACAAAAUGGAUACAAUAAAGCUUAAAACUAAAAUAGUAGAAGAGAAUUUACAACCCUUUGAAGAACCAAGACUUUGUUCUUUCAAAUCUGAUUUCUCAACAUGUUAGAAAUCCCUAGAAUGUUUCUAUGUUUAAAUGUGAAUAUUGAUUCCUUUGAUCCCUUCUUUUUAUUCAGGAUCAGAUUAUUCCCUCCUUUUAUUUAGGAUCUGAUUUUGAUCCUUUCCUUCUAUUUAGGAUCUGAUUUCCCUGUUAAUUGUUAGUUUUGCUUUCCAUCUAGGGAUCAGCUCUGUAUACAUGUAUCAGAAUUCUGUAUAUGCACAAUACAUAAGAAUUAUCAUAUAUAUAUUUUUUUUCAUUCUACAUGGUAUCAGAGCCCCACGCUUUUAGGUUCACCUAUUACUCCACCGUUGCAAUUACCGGGCUUCAUUGCUGGUCCUCUUCUAACCGUUCAGGCCUUCAUCACCGAUCAGUAAAACAACAUUCAUUGCUGAUUUGUUCUUUUACCUUGAAUCUUCACGUUCUGUCAAAGCAUGGUAGAUCCGGGCCUUCAUCCACACUCUGAAGAGCGAAGAUGUCAGAAAUCUCACGAACGAAACCUGUUGCAUUACUGGUUGAAGCUUCUACGCUGCACUCAAAUGGGGAACUCCAAAAUAUGAAUCCUUUGUAUCAGCUGGACGGAAGGAACUAUCUACAAUGGUCACAAAUUGUGAAGACUUUCUUAAAAGGACGAGGGAAAAUUAGUCAUCUCAAUGGUAGCGAUCCAAGCAAUGAGGAUUUGAAGUUCCAGGCAUGGGAUGAAGAAGAUUCAAUGAUAAUGUCAUGGUUUUGGAAUUCAAUGCAACCAGAAAUAAGCAAAUAUUAUAUGUUCCUCACUACUGCCAAGGCAGGUUGGGACACCGUUCAAAAAACUUACUCAAAGAUGCAAGAUGCAGUGGGUUUGUAUGAGAUCAAGACUAAGAUUUCAGCUGGAUUGAAUGUAGAGUUUGAUCAAAUCUGGGUCCAAAUCCUUGGAAAGGAGAAACUGCCUUCUCUCAGCGAGGUAUACUCAAUGGCCAAGGAGAGGAAAGCUAAAGAAUAGUCAUGGUGGAUUCUUAGUUGACUUCUGGAUCAGCUAUGGUUUCUAUCAAGAAUUAUGAUGGACGCAGAUCUCCCAAUGGAAUGAAUGAGAAGGGCUAUGAAGGGAAGCAGGAAUCCACAAAAUCCAACAGGGAAGGAUCAUGGUAUACUCACUGUAAGAAGUCAAGAUACGCUAAGGAGGCAUGCUUCAAAUUACAUGGCAAGGAGCAAGUUCUGAACUGAAUUAAGGACCAAAGGGAUUAGGAAAACUGUACUAUCAAACAAGGAGAGAUGCCCUCAAAAAGGGAAAUUGAAUUCAAGGGAUUCAACAAGGAGGAGAUAGAAAAGUUGAAAAGUUUUCUUGACACCCGUUCCCCUAGUUCUUGCUCUCUUGCUCAAUCAAUCCGGUAAGUGCUUACUUAGUAUCAAUGCUAAUGGAAAUCCUCACUCUUUAACUUUUGGGUCAUUGACUUAGAGGUGGCGGAU